AAAGAGAGAGAGACAGAAUGAGAGAGAGAUUUGUGUCAGCUAAUCCCUCCCAGGUCUGUAUGUCCUGAGAUAGACGGCUCGCCAUCCAACUCAGUCCUUCACUGUCCCACCGCCACCAUGAGCUUCAUCGCCGAUGAUGUGGAGAUAGACCCGGUCACCCUCAACCUCAUCAUCCUGAUCGCCAGCUAUGUCAUCCUCCUCCUCGUCUUCCUCAUCUCCUGCAUCCUCUAUGACUGCCAGGGAAAGGACCCCACCAAGGAGUACGCACCCGACCCCAUGCCCAACGUCAACCCCGCUCCCAUCCGGCUGGUGGUCAUGCAGAAUUCGCCCGCCAACGCCAGAUGGGACCAGAACAAGAUGGUGACCACUUACGAACCUCUGGGCACCGAGAAAAAGAGUACUUUGGUCUGACAGGCUGGAAGAAGGACUGAUAACAGCUGCUCAAAGGCACACAUUAUCUUUUCUAUCUACUGUACAUACUCAAAAGUACUUUAUGUCUCAUUUAA